AUGAAGAGAUUGGUUCCAAGCGGCCCAAACAAUGAAACGUCUCCACCUUCUCCACCACAUUCAAUAGCUGAUUUUGGAGUGAAGAGAUUGGUUCCAAGCGGCCCAAACAAUGAAACGUCUCCACCUUCGCCACCACAUUCCAUAGCGGAUUUUGGAAUUUUGGUUCCAAUCGGUCCAAACUAUGAAACAUCUCUACCUUCUCCACAACAUUCUAUAGAGGAUAUUGGAGUAAAGAGAUUGGUUCCAAGCGGUCCAAACAAUGAAACGUCUCCACCUUCUCCACCACAUUUCAUAGCUGAUUUUGGAGUGAAGAGAUUAGUUCCAAGCGGCCCAAACAAUGAAACUUCUCCACCUUCUCCACCACAUUUCAUAGCGGAUUUUGGAGUGAAGAGAUUGGUUCCAAGCGGCCCAAACAAUGAAACGUCUCCACCUUCUCCACCACAUUCCAUAGCAAAUUUCGGAGUGAAGAGAUUUGUUCCAAGCGGACCAAACAAUGAAACGUCUCCACCUUCUCCACCACAUUCUAUUGCAGAUUUUGGAGUGAAGAGAUUGGUUCCAAGCGGCCCAAACAAUGAAACUUUUCCACCUUCUCCACCACAUUCAAUAGCUGAUUUUGGAGUGAAGAGAUUGGUUCCAAGUGGCCCAAACAAUGAAACGUCUCCACCUUCACCACCACAUCCCAUAGCGGAUUUUGGAGUGAAGAGAUUGGUUCCAAACGGCCCAAACAAUGAAACGUCUCCACCUUCUCCCCCACAUUCUAUCGAGAAUAUUGGAGUAAAGAGAUUGGUUCCAAGCGGUCCAAACAAUGAAAUGUCUCCACCUUCUCCACAACAUUCAAUAGCUGAUUUUGGAGUGAAGAGAUUGGUUCCAAGUGGCCCAAACAAUGAAACGUCUCCACCUUCUCCACCACAUUCCAUAGCGGAUUUUGGAGUGAAGGGAUUGGUUUCAAGCGGCCCAAACAAUGAAACGUCUCCACCUUCUCCUCCACAUUCUAUAGAGAAUAUUGGAGUAAAGAGAUUGGUUCCAAGCUGUCCAAACAAUGAAACGUCUCCACCUUCUCCACCCCAUUUCAUAGCUGAUUUUGGAGUGAAGAGAUUGGUUCCAAGCGUCCCAAACAAUGAAACGUCUCCACUUUCUCCGCCACAUUACAUAGCGGAUUUUGGAGUGAAGAGAUUGGUUCCAAGCGGUCCGAACAAUGAAACGUCUCCACCUUCUCCACCACAUUCCAUAGCAAAUUUAGGAGUGAAGAGAUUUGUUCCAAGCGGACCAAACAAUGAAACGUCUCCACCUUCUCCACCACAUUCCAUAUACUAA